CGAUUACAAUUAUAUUCAAUCAUUUAUAUAAUAAUAAUCAUAUUAUUAGCUAAUAUUAAUCAAAAUAAUUGUUUAACAAUAUCGGCUUUUGUAACAAUAACAACCGCUGUAUCGAUUGUACAAAUACCACAAACAACAUCUACACAAACAUUAUUACAAUUAUAUCCGGAUACAUAUAAAAAUUAUGAUGAAUUAUUUGAUUGGUCAUCAUCAUCAUCAUCAUCAUCAUCAUCGAUAAAAACAACAUCAACAUCCGAUAAUGAAUUUGAUAAUGAUCGCUUUAAUCAAGAUAUACAAAUAUUAAAUACAUUACAACAAUUACAUAAUAUAAGCGCAAUAUUAAAAUUUAUUGAUUUAACAAAUAAUUUUACAAAUAAUGAUCUAAUCAAUUGUAGACGUGUUUCAUUGAAUCAAUUAAAUUUUACAAUUUUAAAUAAUUUUGAUUCAAAUCAAAAACAAUCAUCAUCAUCCGCAUCCGAAUCAUCAUCAUCAAAUAAUGUUUAUAAUCGUUUUGAUCAACAAGCCGAUAUUGCCAUACGUACAUCACAUUUUUUAUCAAAUUUAUUUAGUUUUAAAAAUUUACGUGAAAAUGUUUCAUUACAUUAUUUAAUAACAAAUAAAGAUUUUUAUUGGUCAUUAUUAUUAGCUAAUUUACAAAGUGAUACGAAAAUAUUUGGAGCUGGUCUUUCAUUUUCAAAUAAAUUCCUUGAUGAAAUAUUACCAAAUUUUAAACAUUUUACUCCAUUUAUUUAUCGUGAUGAACAUUCAAAACAUUCUAAUAAUACUAUUCGUAUGAAUCUUUUUAAUCAUAAACAUCAACAACAACAACAGCAACAAUAUUCAUCAUCAUCAACAACAAAUGAUCAAGAAUAUUUUCAAUCAGAAUGGUAUUGGAAAUUUGCCUAUUCCAAUUAUCGACAAGAAAUUUUAGAUGAAUGGCAAUCAUCAUCAUCAUUACUAUCAACAUCAUCAUCAUCAUCAUUAUUGCCAACACAACAACAACAACAUCAUUUGAAUCAACAACAACAACAACAAUCGAAUAAUAAUAAUAAUCUAAAUAUUGCAUACAAUAGAAUGGGUAUUUGGUCAAGUCCAUAUCUUGACUGUGGUAUAACAAAAACAUGGCUCAUUAGUUACAUAGUGCCUUUCUAUGGAAUCAUUGAUGAUUCACCAAUUUUAAUUGGUUUAGUAUUUGUCAGCAUAAAUUUAAAAAAAAUCGACAUGGAUCAAUGUUCCAAUUCGAAUUCAUUUUUUUCCGAUACGCACAAGUGCCAUACACCAUCCACUCAGUGCCAGAAAAUAUCCGGUAUUGGAUUUCGUAGCGGAUCUUAUAUAUGUAAAUGUCGACAAGGAUAUUAUUAUCCAAAUUCAAGUAGUUUUGGUAUUACAUCAUCAUCAUUAUCAUCAUCAAUAACAUUAUCAUCAUCCGCAUCAUCUCCAUCAUCAUCAUCAUCAUUAUUUAGAAAUAUUUCCGGACAAUUAAUGUCAUCAACAUCAGUGUUUGAUGUUGAUCAAAAUAGUAAUAAUGGUUUAAUUCAUCAUUAUUAUCAACAUAAUAGCAAUAAUCAUCAGUUGAUUAAUUUUUUUAGUGGUCGUGAUAUUGAACAAGCAUUUAUUGAAACAAUCAUUGGUCCGAUUGAAAAUCGACAACAAUAUUUUUAUCCACAUAGUUUUAUUUGUUUACCAUGUGAACCUGGUUGUCGUGAUUGUGAUGAUGAUCAACCUUGUUUCAUAAAAUUUGAUCAAACAUUUCGUAUUAUUGUAUUAAUAUUACAAAUAUUUUGUAUUAUAAUUGUUAUAAUAAUUUCUUUACUUACAUUUCGUCUUCGUUAUACAAAGAGAGUUGCCAGUUCACGGUGGUUAAUGUUGGAAACAUUAUUGCUUGGAGCCAUUUUAUUAUAUUUAACGAUUAUAAUACGUUAUUAUGAAUCAAGUACAAUAACUUGUUUUCUUGAACCUUGGUUUCGUGAAAUUGGUUUUGCAUUUUUUUAUGGUUCAAUUGUUAUUAAAGUAUAUAGAAUAUAUGCUGAAUUUCAAACAAGAAAAGCACAUCGUGUAUGCGUACAGGAUAAAGAUUUAUUAAAAUAUUUAUUCGGUAUUGUAUUAAUAGUAUUUGGUUAUAUGUCUGCAUGGACAGCAUUAUUUAUUGAUGGUAUUGAAAAUUUUCGUAGUGUCAAUCUAUUUGGUAAUUCAUUUAAUUUUACAUCAAGAAAUAUACUUGAUGAAAAAUAUGCUAAUAAUGGACUAAAAUUUUAUGUUUGUCGAAAAUUGGCCUGGGAUUAUGUUACCGAAAUAGGUGAAAUACUAUUUCUAUUAAGUGGUGUUUAUCUUACCUAUCGAAUAAGAAAUGCUAAAAAAGAAAUUUAUAAAGAAAAACUUACCCUUACGAUUUCAAUUCUAUUGGAAACGAUUGUAUCAUUUUUUACCUAUGUAAUUAAACAUGCAUUCUGGUCACAUCCAAGUUUACAUCCAGAUCAUCUAUUAUUAUUAUAUGCAAUUAGAUGUCAGGUAACAAUUACAACAACAAUUAUAAUGUUAUUUAUGCCUAAAUUUUUCUAUAAAAAACCAAAACGUCAUCCACAUCAUAGAUCUCGUUAUUUAUCAUCGGCUGAAGUAUCGGAUAUGAUGCCCGAUUCAUUACAUUCAGCUAUAUUAUCAAAUGGUGAAAUUGAUAUUGGUGAAAUUAACCUUUCCGAUAUGGACCCUGAAGAUAUUCGUGCCGAAUUACGAAGAGUUUAUACACAACUUCAGGUAUUAAAAAAUAAAUCAAUACGAAAAGAUAAUCCACAUAUUAGUAAACGUCGUGGUGGUCGUAAAUCACAUCGUCGUUUUUCAUUACAACCAUUCCAUCAUAAACAUAAACAUGAUCAAGAAGUAACCGAAAUAUCUAAAACACCAGAAGAAUCAACAGCAUCGAUUGAUGGUAAUACAUCUUGUAUGCCAGAUGGACCAUCAAUUGGUUGUGGUGGUGGUGGUGGUGGCCAGUGUAUGGUCAGUGUUUCAAAAAAUAUUUCUGGAACUGGACCUGGAUGUCAAACUAGUGGAAACAACAGUAGUAAUAGUAACACUAAUAACAACAACAACAACAAUGAUCAUCACCAUCAUCAACAACAACAACAACAACAAUAUCAUUAUCAUCAACAUCAUCAUCAUUCACAUCAUCGUUGCGAUAUUAAUGAUCAUCAUCAUAAUGUUAAUAAUACAACAUGUAUAACACCAAGUAUAACACCAACACCAUCUCAACAAACAACAACAACAUCAACAAUGAAUAAAUCUUAUUCGCACAAAUCAUAUUCAUAAUUAAUUAAUUAAUUAACACCUAUGCAUGCAUAUAUGGUUCAUUUGCAUUGUAAAAAAAAUGGCAAAAAUCCAUUCAAUUGUGAUAUAUAAUUUAAAAGUUUU